AGCGUUUAGCGGAUUUAAUAACCGAGAAUCUUCUCUCGCAGACAUAAACAGUCGAGAGAAGAAUGUAACUGCUGCAAGCGAGUUUAAAAUCGCAUCAUAAGAGCGACCGUCCUCGUUCUUUCACUGGACUAAGCUCCUCCUGCACACACAUAUCUAUAUAUUUAUAGAUAUAGGAGUGUGUUAUUGUUUAUAAUGGCCAGUUUAUGUCUCUCAAGAGGUCGGUGUGUCCUCCGGCAGGUGUUUACUGGCUUACCGAGCAUGGUGCAUCUGCAGCGGCCGUACAGCCUCGAUGUGUCCGCGCCGCUCCUGCGGACUGAAGGCUUCAUAGACGGGCGUUGGGUGUCCGCGGCCUCCUCCUUCCCCGUGUUUGAUCCAGCCACCGGAGAGGAGAUAGCCAAAGUCUCGGACUGCGGUACCAAAGAGGCUCAAGACGCUGUCAACGCCGCGCACAAAGCCUUUCACCUGUGGAAGAGCCACACGGCCAAGGAAAGAAGUAUUUUGUUGAGAAAAUGGUUUGAUCUAAUCAUUCAACACAGGGAAGAUCUUGCCAAGUUGAUCACAGCAGAAUGUGGGAAGCCCAUGAAGGAGUCUCUUGGAGAAAUGACGUACUCUGCCUCCUUUCUGGAGUGGUUUUCUGAAGAGGCCAGACGCGUGUAUGGAGACAUCGUCUCGGCUCCAGCCAAAGACCGCAAGAUCCUGAUCCUCAAGCAGCCAGUGGGAGUGGCUUCCAUCAUUACACCUUGGAAUUUCCCCAGUGCCAUGAUAACCAGGAAGGUUGGGGCUGCACUUGCAGUGGGCUGUACUGUAGUGGUGAAGCCGGCUGAAGAUACGCCUCUCUCUGCUCUGGCCCUCGCUGAGCUGUCGGUUCAGGCUGGCAUUCCUGCUGGGGUGUUUAACGUGGUGCCCUGUUCAAGAGAGAAGACGCCCGCUGUGGGAGAGGUACUCUGCACAGACCCUCUAGUAGCCAAAAUCUCAUUCACCGGCUCCACGGCCACUGGCAAGGUUUUAUUAGGACAUGCUGCGGGAACUGUGAAAAGGGUCUCCAUGGAGUUGGGAGGACACGCUCCCUUUAUUGUGUUUGACAGCGCUGAUGUAGAUAAAGCCGUUGCAGGAGCCAUGGGCUCAAAAUUCAGGAACUCGGGACAAACCUGUGUGUGCUCCAAUCGCUUUUUGGUCCAGACUGGGAUUCAUGAUGCUUUCGUGGAGAAGCUGGCGAAGACUAUGGAUGUGGAGCUGAAGCUUGGCCACGGAUCAGAGCCCAGCACCACACAGGGGCCACUCAUCAACUCGCGUGCCGCAGAGAAGGUGGAGAAGCAGGUUGCAGACGCAGUGGAUCAUGGAGCGGUCGUAGUUCGAGGAGGAAAGAGACUCCAGGGUUCCUUCAUGGAGCCGACGCUGCUGUCCAACGUCACCUCUGACAUGCUUUGUAUGAGAGAGGAGACCUUUGGACCUCUUAUUCCAGUUGUCAAGUUCAACACAGAACAGGAGGCACUUGCCAUUGCCAAUGCUUCUCCUGUUGGUUUAGCAGGUUACUUCUACUCCAGGGACAUGGCUCAGAUCUGGCGGGUGGCGGAGCAGAUGGAGGUGGGGAUGGUCGGGGUCAACGAAGGCAUGAUCUCCACCACCGAAGCCCCUUUUGGAGGAAUAAAACAGUCCGGACUGGGCAGAGAAGGAUCCAUAUAUGGCGUUGAUGAGUAUCUGGAAAUCAAGUACAUGUGUUUGGGGGGACUCUCUUCUUGAACACAAUGACAGUUACAGAAAAACACUGUGAAUCCUUCCCUCUUUUAGUAUUAAUAUUCAAUAUAUGGAGAUGAUUAUGGUGUACUUAAUGGCCUGUUUCCACUGAGUGGUACGGUACAGGUCACCUUUAUCAGGCUUGUGUUUCCACUGCCAAAAAGGUACCAAUGGUACCCUUAUGGUGGGCGUGGUGUACGACAGAAAGUUUUAGUCAACGUCAUUCUCGCUCGAGGAAAUGUUAAAGUAAAGCUGUGUGGGCCGUUCACAUAUCAUAUGAGAAGCACUUCUCAAACAGAUGCUUUAUACACAAAUACUUGUGUAUAAAUGUUCAUUACUAACCUUUCUAUGAAAAUGAUUUGAUUAUAACUGCAGAUCAAUGAUUUCAGUGUGAAAUAGCUUACUCUAAAGUCUGCAAUUAUAUAAAAUAAAUAGAUAAAUAAAUGCAACAAAUAUGAACGCAUACAGCUCUUUAUAGUUUCUGUUAUCAAUUACAGAAAAACCCUUAUGUGGGUUCAAAAACAACACACAACAUAUAACCCAGUCACUGCAAACCUCUCAUCUGCAUCUUUAAUCUUCACCAGCACAUGUAACCUCUGUUAGAAAGUAAUUCCAUCAUUCCGAGGUCAUAAUAGUCCAAAAGGUGAUGAUGAUAAUUAAAUAUGGCAGUUUGUUCAUGUUUUAGUUUGCUAAAAGAAUCAUUUACUCCUUUGUUUUUUUUAUGCUUCACUCUCGCGUUUGUCAGUUUCUGAAAGGAUGUCAGAAACACUUCAAUAAUCACACGCACGUUAUUAUCAUCAGCUCAAGAAGUUUGUUAAAAUUUCGCCAUGUACACGAGCUCUAUUAAAAAAGUGAAACUGCUCACGCUUUUAGACAGCCUCAUAAAACCACAACAGGACAUGGCAGGUUUUGUUUUUCUUGGCUUUGUGGAUGUUCAUCAAGACACAACAAGGUUUGUUUGAGCUCGGUUUGACCAUGGCUCAUUAUUAUAUGUAUAUAGUAUUACAGUGCGAUGUCUCAGCUGUGUUUUUAAAAAUGGCGCUUCCUUUGUUUUCAUUCUCCAGGCUUGUGUACGCGCUAGUGAAGUAUCUCUGUAAACCAAUAGCGUUCAGCUGCGCAUCUUGCUCUGCCUUUUGGUACCCUUUGGAUAGGGUAAGUAAAAAGAGGUAUGGUACGAUUCGCUUUUAGGUACUUUUCGACAGUGGAAACAGCCAUAAAAGCAUACCGACCAAUACCAUACCAUACCACUCAGUGGAAACAGGCCAUUAGAUAUUUUCUAUAAAAAAAAGUCCUCUUUGAGAUUGUGUCCAUAAGAACAUACUGUAGAAGAGCUCUCAUUGUUCUGAAAUAAUGUUAAAGUAAAAACCUUCUUAAUUUUGUGUUCUUGUGUAAUAUGAGAUUUUUCAGAAAAGAUUUAUUUAGUAUCUGGUUUAUAUUUUCUUACCUAUUUAAUUCUAGAUGGAAAAAACAAACAAAAAUAUGAUUUUUUUUUUUGUAGUGCAUAUUUAGGAACUAAAAUGUGCAUGGAUUUAAAUGUUUCUAAUUUACUAAGUGUUCUAUUUUUAUAAUUAGAAAUAGAGUGAGACUGUUAAUAAUAAAUGAAUUGACUGAUGGGAUAUACUGAUUACAGAUAUAAAUUGUUCUGGCUUAAUACGAAAACGAGAUUUGUCUAGUAAGUUAACCUUUUGUCAUUGAGGCCAAAUGUUGCAAGUGCCAAUUUGUUUUUGUUUUGUUUUGUAAUUGUUUUUUUUUGUUUUGUUUUUUUAAUGAAAACCCAUCUUCCGUUGUAAGAUUUUUAAAAAAUUUUGUAAAUAUGAAUACUUGUUUAACAUUGUAUUGUUGUGUAUAAUUGUGUUGUUAAUUGUCAUACAAUUGAACAUGUUUAGAAAUAUAUUAAUUUUCUUACCUUAAAUGUGAACUUCUCUUUCUGAUACACACACAAGGAUACAAAGAAAAUGCAGCACAGCCUCUGUAAAGAAACUCAAUUAAAAUGACAUUUCACACA